AUGAACUUCCAGACGUUAGCGACACGAGUCUCGACGCCGUUCGUCCGGUCUCUGCAUGCUUCAGCAUCAUCAUCGUAUCUUGUUCGCUCACUAGACGACGUACGUCUAAGUAACCGUAUUAUUACUAGCGAAAAUGGAGCGCUCGAGACACGACGCUAUCUUGUCCGGAAUGACGAGUGCGGGUUUUCCAUGCAGCAGGAGGUGCUAAAGAAGGGUCCACCUGUGCAUUUAGCAUUCCAAAAUCACGUGUACGCGCUUCUAAUUACGCGUGGCAAGGGCCGCGUACGGCUCCUGGACGGCCCGGGCUCGUUCCAAGACGUGGCAGAAGGCUCGCUCCUAGCCCUCAAUGCUGCUGAAGCAGUGGAGAUUGAGGCCGUUUCUGACGAACUGCAUGCCGUGAGCGUCAUGAAUCCGCCACUUUUUGGCGGUGAGAAAAAGAACGAGACGACGGGCGUGUUUCCAGCUGUGGAUUUAGAUGGAGAAGAGCUCGAGAGCUUUGAUUCAGCGAUUGGAAGCCGUCUAUUUUCAGCCCCUGAGUCGUUGAAAGGCGGGAGUGCCCCUAUGAAGGAUGAUCCGUUGUUUUAG